GAUCGAUGUGCAGACACAGCCUCAGCUCAGCUCGAUCAAUGGCCCCUGCACAAUCUCAAUGUGCCACCCGCGUUUCCGUCGGGGCACUAGCAGUAGCAGCAGCAGCAGCAGCAGCACUAGUGGUGCUGUCGGCCUCCCCAAGCCUGGCCAACGGUGAUACUGAUACGGAUCUCGCCUCGCUGCUGGCUUUCAAAGCACAGCUCUCCGAUCCUCUUGGUGUCCUUGCUACCAACUGGACCGUCACCGAUGGCGGCGGGUCCUCAUUCUGUGGCUGGGUUGGCGUCACCUGCAGCCGCCGCCGGCAGCGGGUCACCGCCUUGUCGCUGCCGGACGUUUCCCUCCAUGGAACCCUUGCUCCUCACGUCGGUAAUCUUUCCUUCCUUUCUCUUCUCAACCUCACCAACACCGGUCCCACAGGCUCUAUCCCGGCUAAUCUUGGCAGGUUACGCCGGCUUAGGUAUCUGCUUCUUAGUAAUAAUGCCUUGUCCAAUGGUAUCCCUCCCGCCCUCGGCAAUCUCACAAGCCUCCAGUUUCUUGAAUUAGGUCGUAACAUGCUCUCCAGUCAGAUCCCUCCUGACUUGUUGUUGCGUAUGCCUAAUCUUGCACAAAUUUCUUUUAAAGGAAAUCAUUUGAGUGGCCGAAUACCACCCCAAAUGUUCAACCCAAAAUCUAAAAAGUGGCCGCGCACUUUUUCGUCGCCCCGAGCGGCCGCGCUAAGCGACAAGAAGAACACCGCGCUAGAAAAUUCCCCUUCGCUGGCUUCCAUCUCCCUCGCCUGGCUCUGCUACUCUCCACAGGCCCCCAACGCCGACCACGCCGCCGCCGAGGCCGCCUUCCACCACCUCUGCGGCUCCCACCCGGAGCCCCGCGUGCUGCGCCUCGCCUCAUCACCCGCGACGCCAACUACCCCCUCCUCCCCCGCGAGCUCCGCGCCAUGGCCGCUGCCCUCCUCCGCAAGAUCCUCUCUUCACGGCCUCCUCUGACUCGUCCACCUCCGAGCUCCGCGUCAUGGCCGCUGUCCUCCUCCGCAAGCUCCUCUCCCCCGACGGCCUCUUCCAACUCUGGCCCCUCCUCUCCCCCGAGGGCCAGGCCAUACUCAAGUCAAACCUCGUCAACGCAUCCGGCAGUGCCGCAGCAACCUUUGACGGAGCUCGCCGCUGCUGCUCACUCUUAUCUCCACCGAGUUGGAGUGUAGGAGGUUGCCGCCACCGGGCUGGAUCCAUCUCUCGUUUUUUAUUGAAUCAAAACACACAUCCAGAUUCAUCCCUGGCUUGCUUGCAGGAGAACGUAAGUUGUUUUUUCUACUACCGCUCAAGUUGCACAGGCACUUGUAUCAGUACGCAUUUCUGAUACAGCUUAAUCUUAUCUAUGUAGCACACUCGCUAGAAGGCCGUUGAUUUGGAUGAAAUUUGGUGUCCUACAUUCUGCUACUUUUGUGAUAUACUUGUUGCUAAUAUGCUUAGCUUGUUGGAUUCGGAGGCAGCGACGGUCGUUCCUGCAUUGCCCCUGUUGUUCGCUUGUUCGAUUCAAUCUACACAAACGCAGACUUUUCUAUACCGUAUCUAUGCUUUUCUUUUACAUUAAGGACGGAAGAGACAUAUUUGUCUAGUUGGAUAUGAUCAUCGGAAAGUUGCACACACAGUAAUUGCUUUUGUUGGCAUCUAUAGUAGUUUUAGUUGCACACAUAAUUGUUUUUGGUUGGACACGAUUAUUGGGAAGUUACACACACGGUGAUCAUUUUUGUUGGCAUCUAUAGUAGUUUUAAUUACGCACAUAUUUUGUUCUCAGUUGGACACGAUUAUUGGGAAGUUACACACACGGUGAUCAUUUUUUAUUGGCAUCUAUAUUACUUCUAGAUAUUACGGACAUAAUUGUUCUCAGUUAGAUUCGGUCAUUCGGAAGUUACACAAAUGGUGAUCAUUUUUUAUUGGCAUCUAUAGUAGUUCUAGUCGCACACAUAGUUGUUUUCAGUUGGACACGAUCAUUGAAAAGUUGCACACACGGGGUUCAUUUUUGAUUGGCAUCUAUAGUAGUUCUAGUUGCACAAAUAGUUGUUUUCAGUUGGACACGGUCAGUGAAAAGUUGCACACACGGGAUUCAUUUUUGGUUGGCAUCUAUAGUAGUUCUAGUUGCACACAUAGUUUUUUUCAGUUGGACAUGGUCAUUGGAAAGCUGCACACACGGCGAUCAUUUUUUGUUGGCAUCUAUAGUAGUUCUAGUUGCACACAUAGUUGUUUUCAGUUGGACACGGUCAUUGGAAGUAGUUGGCAGGGGCAAUAGAAGUAGUUGCACAAAAUCUGCUAGGCAGUUGGCCAGGGCAACAGAUAAAGUUGCACAUCUCACUGACAUGGUUUUGUUGAAUGGUGAAAAAAUGCACAUCCAUAGACCAUGAGGGUGCAGAAAAGUUGUCUACAUGGAGUUGCACACUCUCGUCGGAAUAGUCACACAUGCAUGGCCACAGAGUUGCACAAUCUUAUCGGCAUAGUCACACAUGCAUGACCAUAGAGUUGCACAAUAUCGUCCGGAUAGUCGCACAUGAAUUGUCGGGGGAGGUGCUCACGCCCGGCCGCGGAGUUGCGCACUCUCGUCGGUAUAGUCACACAUGCAUGGCCACAGAGUUGCACAAUCUCGUUCGCAUAGUCACACAUAAAUUGUCGUGAGAGGUGCUCACGCAUGGCUGCGGAGUUGCACACUCUCGUCGGCACAGUCGCACAUACAUGGCCAUGGAGUUGCACAACCUCGUCCACAUAGUCACACAUGAGUUUUUAUGGGAGGUGCUCAUGCCCGGCCAUGGAGUUGCACACUAUCGUCGGCAUAGUCACAUAUGCAUGGCCACACAGUUGCACAAUAUUGUCUGCAUAGUCGCACAUGAAUUGCUAUGGGAGGUGCCCACGUCCGACCACGGAGUUGCACACUCUUGUGUUCAUAGUCGCACAUGCGUGGCCGUGGAGUUGGGACAUUCUUACAGGAUAGUCCCUCAAACGCGGUUGUAGAGGCUCACACGCGCGAUGACUACCAGGCAGUUGGCCAGGGAUCCGGGGCAGCAGAUGAAAUUGCACAUUUCAAUUUUAGAGAGUAGUAUGGGGUGGUGCCACUAGUGAAAAUUGCAUGGCCUGGGCAACAAACGAAGUUGCACAUCUCACUGGAAGGAGGCAAUUUGGGGAUGGAGGUACCAUAGAGAAAAACUGCAUGUCUACGGUGUACAAGAAAAGUUGCACAUCCCGGUCAGGUAGUUGCACAUCGACGGCUAGUCAGUUACACAAAACGGGGACAAAAUUGCACAAAAAAAAGUUUGUCAAAACAUAUCCAUGCGGGAUCUAGUUCGAAGAGCACAUCGCGAGGAUUUCAGUGGUGAAAGCGGAUCUUAAUUUCGAUAUUUGGUUCAAAAGUUAUGGCUUUUUUAAGAAACAAAAAUUAAAAAGCAAACUAGAUGGUCAACUCCCUUUAGUGUACAACGGACCACGUACUUACCUUUUCCACCGGCCGCUCCCAAACUCUACCUGGCGUUUUUAACAAUAAUGCUACACGUACAGGAGAUUACAGGCGUUUUACAGGCUGACUAGGAGUCCGUCCGACGUGGCUGCGAGGGUGCGAGCGCGCGCUGAACUGAAAAGGAAAAGAUAAAAUAAAAAAUAAAAAUCCCGGCGGUUUCCUUUCUCUCCCAAGCGACGACCGGCUCGCCCAGAUCGGCCAAGCUAUCUGCUCCAGUUCCCCUCAUGGCUGUGUGGAUGCGAUCUCUUUCGACGCGUCAGGAUGUGCUACCUUCAGGCGGCGAGGCGACUUCCUCCUCGUUGGAUGCCCCAUGGCUGCCUCCUCCGAUGCGUCGAGGCGAUCCCCUGCUUGUCGGCAGUGUCAGGACCGGUUCCUCCAGGGCGACCAGGCGAUCCCCUGCUCGUCGGCAGCGUGACGGCCGGCUCCUUCAGAGAGGCGAGGCGGCCUCGUCGUAUAGACGCUGGAAGCGCCGUGGGCGAGCCCCGUGGAGCCCUGGGCGGCGUACAUGCUAGUCGUACGGCGGCUGACGAUGCUGAUCGACCUGCUCCUGAGCAUGCAGGGCAGCGUCGACGUUCUCAUCCCCCCCGCAGCUGGACCAGAUGGACGAGCUAAAGUGCCAAACUGGGAGAGGAAUAGACACUCUAGCAGCAGUGGUAUUCUCUAUGCAAUCAAUUCGGUGAAACAUUUAGUGUUGUUUCACCGAAUCAAAAGAGACCAAAAUCAGACCACAUAUGAUUGCAGAUUAUGCGUGUGUAUGUGGAGAAGAUGACUGGAGUGUGCAAGUUCCAUACAGAAUUGCUCGCGUAGUUGGUGUUGAUUGUAACGUGUACUUUUCAUUAUAUGAUUUUGUGUGGUUGUAAAAUCAGACCUUAUGAAUUAGAUCAAUAUACAAGGUUGUUUGUUUCUUGAAAAA